UUAGCAACAUUUUAAUUUCAUUUAACCUUUAUUUAACUAGGCAAGCCAGUUAGUUAGCAACAUUUUAAUUUCAUUUAACCUUUAUUUAACUAGGCAAGCACUCAUUAUUAUUUACAAUGAAGGCCGACCCGGGCCAACCCCUCCCAUAACGCGGACGACGCUGGGCCAAUUGUGCUAUGUCCUAUAGGGCUCCCGGUCACGAUCGGUUGUGAUACAGCCCAGGAUCGAACCAGGAUCUGAAGUGACGCCUCUAGCACUGAGCUGCAGUACCUUAGACCGCUGUGCCCGGGAGGCCCCAAACAUCGCACAACGUUGAUGGCAACACACAAUUUGACUCUUCUCUGACCAGUGGAGAUGGCAGAGGUUGAUCAGGCUGUGGACCUGUCCAAGACAGAGACAGGAGAGGGUGGGAAUGGGCAUCUGUCUUCCAGUGCAGACCGAAACAGUGGGUCCAGUACAGGACAGAAGUCUACCACCAAGAGGAAGCAUGACGAUGAGGAAGAGGAUGACGGCUCUCCAACUAAGAAACAGCAUGGUCAUGGAGAGAAGGUGGCGACCCACUACAACACGCUCCAGGAGACCGGCCUCGCUGCCAGGAGCCAGAGCAGAAUAUUCUACAUGAGGAAUUUCAACAACUGGCUUAAAAGUGUUCUAAUUGGUGAGAUCCUGGACACUGUACGUCAGAGCCGCAGAGAGCUGUCUGUUCUGGAUCUGGGCUGUGGGAAAGGUGGAGACCUGCUCAAGUGGAGGAAAGGACACAUCAGCCGGUUGGUCUGUGCAGACAUAGCAGCAGUGUCGGUGGAGCAGUGCCAGGUUCGUUAUGAGUAUAUGAGGAAGAGGGGUCAUCCUAACGAGCGUAUCUUCUCUGCAGAGUUCAUCACAGCCGACUGUACCAAGGAGCUGCUGACAGACAAGCUGAAGGAUCCUAAGAUGGAGUUUGAUGUGACCAGCUGUCAGUUUGUGUACCACUACUCCUUUGAGACUCAGCAGCAGGCGGACCUGAUGUUGAAGAACGCCUGUGAGAGGCUGAGACCAGGAGGAUACUUCAUAGGCACCACACCAGAUGCAUAUGAACUGGUGAAGCGUGUGGAGACCAUAGACUCCAACUCCUUUGGUAACGAGGUGUUCAGUGUGACGUUUCAGAAGAAGGGAGACUACCCUCUGUUUGGUUGUCAGUACGACUUUAAUCUGGAGGGGGUGGUCAAUGUCCCAGAGUUCCUGGUUUACUUCCCUCUGUUUGAAGAGAUGGCCAAGAAGUACAACAUGCGUCUGGUGUUUAAGAAAACGUUCUCCCAGUUCUUUGAGGAGCACAUAAAGAACGACCAGCACAAGAUGCUGAUGCAGAGGAUGCAAGCGCUGGAGUCUUUCCCGACAGACAACAAGAACAAGUCAUCUUCAGACAACCUUGAUGAUUAUGAUCACGCCAAGGAGAAGGCUGACAGCCCUAAUGUCAGACUGCCGUUGGGAACAUUGAGCAAGUCUGAGUGGGAGGCAACAAGCAUAUACCUGGUGUUUGCAUUUGAGAAAAUGUCCUGAAUGCCAGAGAAGAGAACCCCAGUUUGACAGGUCGACUCGUCAAUAUUACACUGUUUUUUUUGUUUGGUAUGUUUGGGUGGGGGGGAUUAUUUUUUAAGAACUGACUUGCUGCCCACAGCAGAGCAUGGUACAAAAAAAAGUAGUUUUAAUGUUUUCCUGUUGUGAAAUAUUAUUGGUUUGAGUAAGCUUGUCUUGCAUAUCCAUCCAUCAAUCUAUCCUCUGGUUCUUAUUAUAUCAGCUACAGCCAGACUGUUGUCAUCAUCUGUAGCUCAUAUCUGUCCAGUUUUUACCUUCCCUUUAUCCUGGUCAUUUAACCUAGUGAUGUCAUUUAACUGGAGUGAUGUGUAUUAUACAACGGGCGGGUCUAAUCCUGAAUGCUGAUUGGUUAAAAGCGCAUUCCAGACGGUGUCUAUUCCACAAGUUACCACUGGCUAAAUCUAUGACGUUAAAAUGCCUAUUUACUCCGUUCCAUCUGACUGCACAAUCCUGUCUCAUCAGACCAGCCAGGCCAUUUAUAACCUUGAUCUCCACUAUAAAAAGCAUCUAGACAUUAUCUCACUUUUUUUUUUGGACUAACUUUUAGUUUUCAACUGUCCUUUUAAGAGUUUCAAUAACAUCCUAUUUAUUAUUUAAGUGAUAAUGCCCUUAACACUGGUGUUUUGAAGGUAUAUUGGCACGGUUUGCUGGCCUGAGACAACACACCCAUGCCAAUAUAUCCUCCAAACACCGCCUUUGAGGGCAUUAUCACUUUAAAUAAUAAAUAGGGUGUUACUUACUCUUAAAUUACAUUUAAGGAUGCAUAGCACAGGCAUCAAAGUAGUCAUACAUUUUCACAUUUCAGAAUUGCAAAUGAUGGGCAGCUUUGGGUACUGGCUCCAACACACAUUUCUACCAAAUUUGGACUAUUUCCAGGUAAAAGCCUGUUUCUCUGCAGUACAGUGUCACUGCUGAAUUGAUUCUUCAAGAGGAUUAGAUCAGUGGAUCAAUGCUAGUUCGAAGUAAGAUGACCUUGUAGAGGUAUUUUAAGGCUCAACUAUGAUUCAGGUAAUCACCCUGAUCAACACAUCAAACCUUUAUGUAACCCUAUGUUGAUUACCUGGUGUAUGUGUUCUGUCUAUUCUCUAUCGUGUGCACUACUAUUGACCAGGGCCCAUUGGCCCCCCCAAGGAAUUUACCUAAAAUUAGUUGAUUUGAGGAAACCUGUUCCAAAGUAUUCCCACAAAUAAAAUAUGUGAUCGUCUCUCAAUAUAAUCAAGGUAUGAAAUGAUUGUCAUGUUCAAUUACAAUGUAUUUUUGGGCCCGCUGCUAAAUCUAGUUGUCUACCCCUGAUGAUGCAGUAUUGCGACAUCAGAAUUUGAAAUUGUGAAAGGAGUUCACUAUUCAUGUUAUCAUAUUAAUUUAGCGGUCAAUAUUUGACCAAAGCACUGGUUCCAGUCCAAGUACCUAUGCGAUUUAGCAAACCCUAGGCAUUUGUUGGAUGACAUGAAAAUAGAGCCCUUUGGCCACACACACUAAUGGUGGGUUUGUCGUCAAAAUGAGAAUGCAUGAGCAGAAAAUAAUCCCAUACCUAUUGGAGAAUAUGGUGGGAUCUUUUAUUUUAAGGGCUUCUGCUGGUCCUGGGGCCCUUUUUAAGAUCAACGAUAUAAUGAACAGCAUCAUGAACUUUACCCAGUACAAGGACAUUUUAGCCAAAAAACCUGGUUGCCUCUGUCAGGAGGCUGAAACUUGGCCGCAAGAGGAUCUUCCAGCAAGACAACCUCAAGCUCACAAAAUGCACAAAGAAAUAGUUUAUUGUCUUCAGACUUAACCCCAUUGAAAACCUGUGGUUUGAUUUGAAGGGGGCAGUCCAUAAGUAUUGACGAAGGACAUCAAGGACCUGGAAGGAGUCUGUAAUGAGGAAUGGUCUCAGAUCCCUCCCAAUGUGUUCUCCAACAUAAAACAUUUUAGAAAAAGGCUCAGGGCCGUUAUCCUCCCAAGGCGAGGUAUUGAAAACGGGUGUUUCCUUGAAUGCUCUUCAUGCAUCCAUGAACCAACCAUGAAAGCCCUCUGUAAUAGUCACUGCAUUCCUCAUCUACUUCAAACAUAGACAUAAACAUUUACAGUGCAUUCGGAAAGUAUUCAGACCCCUUGACUUUUUCCACAUUUUGUUACAUUACAGCCUUAUUCUAAAAUGGAUUAAUAAAAAGAUGUUCCUCAAACUACACACAUUUCCUCAUAAUGACAAACUGAAAACAGGUUUUUAGAAAUAUUAAAAUAAAAACAAGUUUUCAGACAUUGCUACGAGACUCUAAAAUUCAAUCAAAUGUAUUUAUACAGCCCUUCUUACAUCAGUUGAUUUAUCAAAGUGCUGUACAGAAACCCAGCCUAAACCCCAAACAGCAAGCAAUGCAGAUGUAGAAGCAAGGUGGCUAGGAAAAACAACCUAGAAAGGCAGGAACCUAGGAAGAAAUUUAGAGAAGAACCAGGCUAUGAGGGGUAGCCAGUCCUCUUCUGGCCGUGCCGGUUAGAGAUUAUAAGAGUACCUCGCCAUUUAAGGCCAGAUUGUUCUGAACUCAAUAAAACUAUUUUUUUCAACCAC